AUGGUGUCGUUCUCCUGCGAGAACUGUGGAGACGUCCUCACAAAGAAGAAGCUUGACGGCCACCGCAACCAAUGCUAUGGCGCGUCCUUUACCUGCCUCGACUGCAUGGUGCACUUCCCGGGAACUUCCUACAAGUCCCACACGGCCUGCAUAACCGAAGACCAGAAGUACCAGGGCAAACUCUACAAAGAGAAGAAGAAGGGCCCGCAGCAGAAGCGGGACAGCGCCUACCACGACAACUCGCAAGCACUCACGCCCCACAACGCAUACGUCGAAGACGCGCGCGACGAUGGCAACGCCGUCGCAGUCGUGGAUGCCCCGCCUCGCGCGCCCACUCCUCCGCCAGCGGCGCAUUCGCUAGGCUAUCAUGAGCAGGCCGCGAUUGAAGCGCCCAAUGUCUUCGAUUUCCUGGACCCCUCCUCGACGCCCAAUGUUCCGAGAACGACGCACAUCGAUGAAGCGCGCAUGCUGGAAGACAGUCAGCCGCCCGCAUACGACGAGCAGUACAUGCCCGCAAUCGCAGACGUUAUGAAGUUUCAGGUAGCCGACGACGACGAGUCCUUCGCACAGAACGGAUUCUCGUACGGGACUGAGCAAGUUCGCCCUUCCCGUGAGCGUUACGACUCGUAUGCCACGCCUGCUCCCAAGUCGAAGCACAACAGGACAAAAUCGGGCGAUACCGAUGUGGAGACAACGUCGAAGAAGACCGAUCGCAAGCGCAAGCGCAAUUCGCCCAGCGAACUUGACAUGUCGGCGAUCCGCGCCCAAGAGGAAAGGGAUACUACAAUGGCCGAUGCCCCCGCGAUGCUCCACUCUGGUCUUACUGGAGGACUGAACAGACUCCUUGCCCGCCCUGAGUUCCCACCUUCGCCCGAUGACUCAGGUGACUACGUCAACUCGCCUUUGAGCCCAAUGAAACGCGUUAAGCAGGGUAACUCCAAGGCUCUUAUGCGCGCGCAGCGAGAAUACGAGGCAGAACAAGCAAAGCAGCGCAAGGCUGACAUCAAGGCACGUGAGCAAGCAGAGAAGAAGGAAAAGGAGAAGGAGAAGGACAGAGGCCGCGAUCGUGACCGGAAGGAGAAUAAGGAACGUAAGGAGCGCAAAGCCAACACUGCUCUUGUGAAAAUCAGGCCUAAGAAGAAGCGGGAGGAUUCUACCACAGAGGUUCGUCGCAUCCGCCGCCGCCAAUACUCGUCCUCGGUGUCGCCAGCACCGCGAGAGCGCAAGCCCAUGAAGGCCAUUGAGUACCACCGUUCGGAAACAAACUCCCCGGAGCCAAACGGCCAAGGCCAGCUCAUUGUGCGCCCUAGUGGAGACGUCGCACACGCCUCGGCAGACUUCGAUGCGCGCGCGGGGCUUUUCAUGUCCUUCAUUACCAAGGGACCAGACUCUGAGCGCGGCAUGAGUGUCAACAAGGCUCUGAAACGAUACCACCGCGAGCGUUCCGAGCAGCGCGAUCGUGCACCCUCCAAGGCGGAAGAGGAGAAAGAGCUCUGGAAGGAUCUGCGCCUCAGAAGGAACGACAGAGGCGAGAUCGUCUUGUUCUUCGCUCCCGCCGAGGCUUCCUGA